AUGGCCGUGUGGACGCGCGCCGGCAAGGCGGGCCCGGUGGAGGUGCUGCUGCGCGAGCGCUGGGUGCGGGCGCUGGCCGAGCUGAGCGGGGAGGCGCUGGCGCUCACCUCGGAGCCGCUCAACGGGCUGCCCAACGGCGCGGAGCGCGGGCGGGCGGGCGGCAGCCCCGGCGGGCGCAGCGCCUGCUCGGCCAGCCCAGAGCCGCCCGCCUCGCCGCCCGGCCGCGCCGCCCGCUCGCCGCCCGCCUCGCCGCCGGGCGGGGUGCGGCGCGUGCGGGUGGUGAAGGCGGAGGCGGGCGGGCUGGGCAUCAGCAUCAAGGGCGGCCGCGAGAACCGCAUGCCCGUCCUCAUCUCGCGCAUCUUCCCCGGGCUGGCGGCCGAGCGCAGCGGCGCCCUCCGCCUGGGCGACGCCAUCCUCUCGGUCAACGGCACCGACCUCCGCGACGCCACCCACGACCAGGCCGUGCAGGCGCUCAAGCGGGCCGGCAGGGAGGUGCUGCUCGAAGUGAAAUACAUGCGGGAGGCAACCCCUUACAUCAAGAAGUUGUCGCUUGUCUCAGACUUGCCAUGGGACGGGGCAGCCCCACAGUCGCCCAGCCUUAGCGGCAGCGAGGACUCUGGCUCCCCCAAACACUGCAGCCCAGCCAAGGACCGCAAGGUGAUCCCCUUGAAAAUGUGCUACGCCGCCAGGAACCUGAGCAUGCCGGAUCUGGAGAACAGGUUGAUAGAGCUGCAUUCCCCCGACGGCAGGAACACCCUGAUCCUCCGCUGCAAGGACUCGGCCACGGCACAUUCCUGGUUCAUGGCAAUCCACACCAACAUCAUGGCUCUCCUCCCACAGGUCCUGGCCGAGCUCAACGCCAUGCUGGCUGCCAGCAACACUCCGGGGAGCAGCAAAGAAGUCAAGCACGUGGCGUGGCUGGCCGAGCAGGCCAGGCUGGACGGAGGCAGGCAGAUGUGGCGGCCGGUUCUCUUGGCUGUGACGGAGAAGGACCUAUUGCUGUACGACUGCAUGCCGUGGAGCAGAGAUGCCUGGGCGGCCCCCUGCCACAGCUACCCCCUGCUUGCCACCAGGCUGGUACAUUCGGGCGCUGGGCGCAGGUCACCCUGCAUGGGGUCAGAUCUCACGUUUGCCACAAGGACGGGGUCUCGGCAGGGCAUCGAGAUGCACGUGUUCCGUGUGGAGACUCACCGGGAUCUUUCCUCCUGGACCCGUAUCCUGGUUCAAGGCUGCCAUUCUGCCGCGGAGCUGAUUAAGGAGGUGUCUUUAGGCUGCGUAUGGAAUAAGCAGGAGGUACGCCUCCUGAUCCACUAUGAAAACGGCUUCACCCUUUCCAGAGAGGAGGCAGGCUCUCCCAGCAUCCUAUUCCGCUACCCGUUUGAGAAGCUAAAGAUGUCUGCAGAUGACGGCAUCAGGAACCUCUACUUGGAUUUUGGGGAUCCGGAGGGGGAGCUGACGCUGGAGCUGCACUCCUGUCCCAAGCCCAUCGUGUUUGUGCUUCACACUUUCUUGUCAGCCAAAGUGACCCGCCUGGGGCUGCUGGUGUAGGAGCCGAAGGUUGCCAGGAGCGCCUCUGAGGUCCCACCUAACCGCGACUGCCUCUUCCGGCAUCAGUGCCUUCCCCUGGACUUGCUGCCUGCUGGACGCUUCACCUUCCAAAGAGCUGUGGCUGCAGGGUGCUACUCUUGCUGGACUCACCUUCCCGGGAGGGAAGCGGCUACAAAGGAGGAGGAGGAGGAGGAGGAUGGGGGGGAGGGG